AUGGUCAAUAAAGUGCUUAGACUUGCAGAUGAUAUUAAAGUCUUGGCUGUUUCUAGCUGUGAGGAUGCUGCUGUUCUGCAUAAGGAUUUAUAUUGUUUGAUUAGAGCCAAUAGCUUUCUUUUAAUCUCUCAUCCAAAGAACCUUUUACAAAUAUUGGAUAGAAUUCCAGAACUUGGUGGAAAGGAUAUCAGGGAAGUGUGUAUGAAAUGUCCUCGUAUUUUAUCUGUAAAUGCAGAAAGUUUAGAAGAAACCAGUGGCCUUCUUUCUGAGUAUGGUAUUAGUAACACUCAGAUCCAUAAAUGUGCUAAUAUCUUUACACUUAGUCCAAAAACUGUAAAAGAGAGAUUGGAAGAAUUAAAUCGGGUUGCUGAGUUCCAAGUCAUGAAAUCCUACGAGAGAAUUUUAUUCCUUGUUUAUUACCAAAAUAAAGCUAAGCAAAGGUUGCAAAUGCUGAACUCCCUCGGGUUUGUGUCUGUAUCUUUGGACAUGCUCAGUUGCUCUACAACUAACUUUAAAAAGUUUAUGUACUUUGGUGAAGAUCGGUGCUUAGGUAAAGAAAGUAUAACUUAUCUUGCUAUCCAACUGAAUAAAUCUGACGUUGAGGUAAAACAAAGUCUUCAGGUUCAUCCAAAUAUGUAUCGUAUUUCUUUACUUAAUGCUAAAAAAGUUGUUCAAUUUUUACUUGGUCAGGGUUUUACUAGAGAACAAGUUUGGAAAGGAAUACCAAUUGUUCUUUACAAUGUCUCUGUUGUAGAGAAACAUCUCAAAAAUUUGCCUGAUCAAGAAGAAAUGCAGCCUUUUAUUGGUUGGAAAACUAAUCCUAAUGUUAUUCAGCUUCUGUUAUAUUACAUUGAGAGAAACACAAGAUUUACAGGAGAAGGUGUCUACCAAGGCAUAACAGAGCCACGGCAUGGAAUGAAAAGAGAGAGGAAGUUAAAACUGCUGUCAGGUGAUAUAAAAUAUGGAUACUACCCUAAAGAAGGUAGCUUAACACUGCGUGAUUUUUUGAAUGAAGAGUGUAGUAAAAAGCAUUUAGAUGAUGAAAUUCUAAAGGACUAAAUAGAGUUUUUGUUUAUCGAUACAUGACUUGUUUGUAAAUACAAAUUCAGUUAUUCAUAAUUAGUAUGAAACCUUGAACUCUGUUUGGUAACAACCAUCUAAUACCUGUACAUUGAACACGUAAAGUGAAAAAUGUUGUAGUAAAGCUGAAUUUAAGUAGAUGUGAGUUUUUGUAUAGCAAGUACCAAUGAAAUUAUUUCUAAAUUUGAA